AUGUCUGCUUAUUCAUCAACUACCACAGGUCAUCAUUAUAAUCUUGCACAACAAAAUGUAUAUGUACGCGAAAAUUCUGGCGAUUCUGAAAUUGUUUCUCUUUCUUCAAAAAGAAAUGAUCAUAAAUUAAUUGAUGCAUUUCGAGAACGACUGAAUUUUCGUUCGCAUCGAGAUUCACCACAUUCCUCAACGAUUGACGUUGAUAUGCUCGAGGAAGAUCUUGGUUAUCCACCGACAUGUGAUGACCCUCCUCCAGAUUGUGAAAAUUCACUUUAUUUGGACUCUGCUCAUAAUUCAGAUUUCCGUUCUCGCUCACGUUCCGAUGCGGCGUCACAUUCAUUUGGAACAAUUGUACUAUUUCCUAAUCGGUCCACUUCUGAGAAUGCAUCACUGCGAACUGUACAUCGUGUUCGCGCUGAGCGGCAUAGUAUCUGUUCAAGUGGUUUGGACGAUAUUUGUGAAACAAAACCAUCAACUGAUCAAACAUGGACUUCGACUUCCUUUCCAAAAGCACCGCAUCAUGAUAAUUUAUAUAUUGAUACGAAACUUGCAAAUGAAAAUAUUGCUCACCGGCGACGCAAUAUAAAUCAAACAGCAUUGCCACUUCCAUCUGGAGCUUCACAUUCAUUUCCUGUUGUAUGA